UAAGCGGCACUGAUCUCAGAGAGCUGCUGUCUCUCAGACUGUGAGUGCAGGAAAAUGGCAGAGGCCAGUAUUUCAGUAGGUCAGGACCAGUUCAGCUGUCCAGUCUGUCUGGAUCUGCUGAAGGAUCCAGUGACUGUUCCCUGUGGACACAGUUUCUGUAUGGUGUGUAUUAAUGGCUGCUGGGAUCAGGGUGAUCAGAGGGGGGUCUACAGCUGCCCCCAGUGCAGAGAGACCUUCACUCCAAGGCCUGUUCUACGCAGAAACAACAUGCUGGCUGAAGUGGUGGACGAAGUGAAGAAGAAACUCCAAACUGCUCCUCCUGCUCACUGUUACGCUGGACCUGGAGAUGUGGAGUGUGAUUUCUGCACUGGGAGACAACAUAAAGCCACCAAGUCCUGUUUGGUGUGUCAGGCCUCUUUUUGUGAAACUCAUCUUAAACCUCACUAUAAUGUUCCUGGCUUGAAAAAACACAAGCUGGUCGAAGCCUCCAAACAGCUACCAGUGAAGAUCUGCUCUGAACAUGAUAAACUGAUCGAGAUCUACUGUCAUACUGACCAGCAGUUUGUAUGUUAUUUGUGUACGAUGGAUGAACACAUGGGCCACGAUACGGUUGCAGUUGUAGCAGAAAGAAAAGACAAACAGAAUCAGCUGAAGGAGCUGCAGAGGAAAUCUCAGCAGAGACUCCAGGAGAAAGAGAAGAAGCUGCAGGAGGUGAAACAGGCUGUGAAGACUCUUAAGAGCUCUGCACAGGCAGCAGUGGAGGACAGUGAGAGGAUCUUUACUGAGCUGAUCCGCUCCAUUGAGAAAAAGCGCUCUGAGGUAACAGAGCUGAUCAGAGCUCAGGAGGAGGCUGAACUGAGUCGACCUGAAGAACUCCUGGAGCAACUGCAGCGGGAGUUUGCUGAUCUAAAGAGGAGAGACACUGAGCUGGAGCAGCUUUCACACACAGAGGAUCACAUCCAUUUCCUCCAGAGAUUCCAGUCUCUCUGUGUCUCUUCUGCAUCUGAGGACUCACACAGCCUCACUCUCCUUCAACGUCUCUCAUUUGACGGACUGAGGAAAUCUCUCUCUGAUCUGAAAGAGAGGCUAGAGGAAUUCUGCAAGGAGGAAUUCAGUAACAUAUCUUUGUAUAAUGAAAGGAGCUCUUCUGAUGAUGAACAAAGUCUUAGCAGUAUGAAGCUACCACCAGAUAUGGCUGUGCACUCAAAGCUACAGAGCAGAGAAGAUUUUCUGCAGUAUUUCUGUCGGCUGACUCUGGAUCCCAACACAGUAAAUCAGAACCUCAGUCUAUCGGAGAAGAACAAAGUGGUGACAUAUGGAGGGAAAAACCAGUGUUACUCUAAUCAUACAGAGAGAUUUGACUACUGGUAUCAGGUGUUGAGUAAGGAGAGUGUGAGUGGACGCUGUUACUGGGAGGUUGAGUGGAGCAGUGAGGUUUGGGGAUGUGUGUACAUAUCAGUCUCAUAUAAAAGGAUCAGCAGGAAAGGAUGGGGUGACGAGUGCAGGUUUGGACAUAACAAUCAGUCCUGGAGUCUGUGUUGUUCUCCUUCCUCUCUCUCUUUCUAUCACAACAACAUUCAGUCUGAGCUCUCAGCCUCAUCAUCCUCCAGAAUAGGAGUGUAUGUGGAUCACAGUGCAGGAACUCUGUCCUUCUACAGCGUCUCUGACACAAUGACCCUCCUACACACAGUCCACACCACAUUCAGUCAGCCUCUCUAUGCUGGAUUUAUGGUAAAUUUGAGUUCUGUGAGGUUGUGUGAUCGAAAAUGAUGCAUAAGGUGAUGUACACUGUGGUUAUUGGGGGAUAAAAAGUUAGCAAUAACAACAAUAAAUUAAAAAGGUGAAAGGGAGGGUUUGGACAUCAUUGCCACAGUCUUUCUAGAGUGUGUUUGAUUAUCAAAUCUGAUUGAACCUCAAAGCUAAGAUAAAGGCUUUUCAAUAACAGCAUGUACAGUAACUGAUUACACUUUGAAGACCAAAAAUUCUGCAGUGAAAUCAAACACAGCGACAAACACACUCUUAAAAAUACAGAUUGUUAAAGUGCACUAGUAAAUGCACAUGAUCAGUUUAUUUAAAAAACUGGGGCUGUAUUACAGAAACUUCCUAUCUUUUUGUCUUAACUGACAGUUCAAGGUACGAUUUUUUACAAAUUCGUAUUACAGAAGCAAAUCUUAUCUUAAUUUAGAAAUCUUAUCUUACAGCAUGUUAUCUUAAGUUAGGAAAUCUUGAUUUUCUUGAUGGGUCCUUUUCACAAAGAGUCGCGAUUACUUCCAGUUUAAGCGUUAAAAGGGUAAAACUAACUUCUGCUCCACACAACUACUGCAGAAGUGAUGACAA